AUGACAGAAAAAUCAGUCGAGUUGGCAAUAGUAGUAUUCUUUUUCAAGUCAGGAGGCUCCGGACAUUUCGGCCAAAGAGUGACCACCGUGAACGUGUUCCUUGUUAUGCAUUAUCUGACAAGGGUUUUCCUAAUCUACAGAUUCGGUAAUUAUCUCAAGUACAAUACCGAAACAUGGGUUCAAGCUCCAUUCUAUUUUUUCUUCUACGUCCUUGCUAGUCAUGUACUUGGAGGUUUUUGGUAUUUCUUUUCUAUUCAACGAGAGAUAUCAUGCUGGCACCAAUCCUGUAAAAAUGCUAUAAGUUGUGGUGCUACUGAUUAUUGCAGUGGUAGUACUUCACGAAAUAUCAUCUUCCUAAAUGAGUUAGGCCCGUCAAAUCCACCAAAUGCUAACGUAUUUAAUUUUGGAAUAUUUCUUGAUGCCAUUCAAUAUGGAACCACAAGAUCAAUGCAUUUUCCAACCAAGUUCUUUUACUGCAUAUGGUGGGGCGUCAGAAAUCUAAGUAACUUUGGUACGAAUUUGCAAACAAGUAGCUAUGUGUGGGAAAACUGCUUCGCAAUUAUCGUUUCUUUCAUUGGCCUGCUAUUAUUUUUAUAUCUCCUUGGAAACCUACAGAUAUUUAUGCAACAAGCACUCACAAGAUCGUUGGAUAAGGAGCAGAAUGGAGAAAGUCAUAAAUCGUAG